AUGGACCUGAAAGGAGUUCGUCUUGUUGGGAUUUGGGGGAUGGGUGGUGUGGGAAAGACAACUGCUGCAAGAGCAUUGUUCAACAGAUACUAUCAGAAUUUUGAAGGUGCUUGUUUUCUCGAAGAUGUUAAAGAAUAUCUGCAACACCAUACCUUGUUGUAUUUGCAGAAGACUCUCCUUUCCAAACUGUUGAAGGUAGAAUUUGUAGAUUGUACUGAUACUGAAGAAAUGUGUGCAAUAUUAAAGAGGAGACUUUGUUCUAAGAAAGUUCUGGUUGUUCUUGAUGAUGUUAAUCAUAAUGACCAGCUGGAUAAGCUGGUCGGAGCUGAAGAUUGGUUUGGUAGUGGUAGUAGAAUUGUUAUCACAACUAGGGAUAUGAAACUGUUGAAAAACCAUGAUGUGCAUGAAACUUACGAGGUAAAGGUUUUGGAAAGAGAUGAAGCAAUUGAGCUUUUCAAUUUGCACGCAUUCAAGAGAAAUUCACCUGAAACGGAGUUUAAGGAGCUCUUAAAUCUUGUGGUAGAUUAUACUGGAGGCCUUCCUUUAGCUCUUAAGGUGCUUGGUUCUCUGCUGUACAAGGAAGAUCUUGAUGUAUGGAUAAGUACAAUUGAUAGACUAAAAGCUACCCCUGAGGGUGAAAUUAUGGCUACACUUAAAAUAAGUUUUGAUGGAUUAAGAGAUUAUGAAAAAA